AUGCCUGAACGUAUUACAUGGGGGCUGAUAGGGCAACCAAAUAACCCUAAUUUGUCACCUGCUUAUAAAUCAAACGGAUUGGUAUUUACUUCAGGAGCCGUCGGCAAUAAUGAAACCGGUGAAAUUAUACCUGGCAUCAUUGAACAGACAGAACAAGCUAUCAAAAAUUUGAAAGCGGUCCUAGAGUCUGCUGGUUCCUCACUAAGUAGCGUUGUCAAAGUCUUACUUUUCAUUACCGAAGAAGAAAAUUUUUCAAUUGUCAAUGAGAUUUAUAGGAAACACUUCCCCCAUAAACCAGCACGUUCUUGUGUAGUCGUCCAAUUUGGUAACAAAGAUAUUAAAGUUGAGAUAGAGGCCGUUGCCGAAGUGACUAGCAGUUCGAAGUUAUAA